AUGUCGAAAGACUUUUAUCCAAACAUUUGGUGUUUAAUAUCUAUACUUGCAACACUCCCGGUGUCCACUUCAUCUGCAGAACGUUCUUUUUCAACUUUAAGACGAUUAAAAACCUAUUUGAGGAAUAGCUGCAGUGAAGAUCGUCUAACAGGUUUAGCUUUAUUGUCAGUCCACCGAGGUAUCCAAAUAGAUAUUGAAGAAAUAAUCAAUACAUUUUCCAGAAUGCCACGUAAAGUUGACUUUGUUUUAUGA